AAUUCACUGCUCUUUAUCUUCAUCUUCACUUCAUUGACAACCUACAAACAGUCAACAUCUAUUACUAGUUCCAAUAAAAGUAAAGUAAUUGUAAAAAUGGAACAGAAUGAGAAAGUUUACGUCCACGUCUUGUUUCUAUUCCCAAUUAUUUGUGGAGCAUUAUCAACAUGUCCAAAUAUAAUAACACGUAACGAUUGGAACGCAAGAGAAGGCCUAUCGAAAUCUUUAGAGCAAUAUCCAGCAACUCAUGUUCUCCUACAUCAUUCCUCAACAGCCACGUGUAAUUCACCAGCGAAUUGUGCUGCGUUAGUACGAUCCAUACAAAAAAUCCACAUGAAUCGUAAGAGAUACAGAGAUAUCGGAUACAAUUUCCUUAUCGGUGAAGACGGUAACAUUUACGAAGGUGUCGGCUGGGGCAAGCAAGGCACCCACGAAGACCGCCUGAACUCCCGCAGCAUGGGCAUUUGUUUCAUUGGCGAUUACACGUCUUAUCUGCCAAAUGAAGCAGCUCUCGGCGCACUGCAACGCCUGCUGGAGUGCGGUGUGGAGGAUGGCCACCUCACCGCCGAUUACAAAUUGAUCACUCACCGGCAGGUCACGCCGACGGACUGCCCCGGCCACAGGCUGUAUACCCACAUGCGCGGGUUGGACCACUGGGUAAACGCUCCUUAUGCUCUGGAUAUCGUAUCGAGAAGUACGUGGGGUGCUGCUGCACCAAGAUUCAAAAAUUACAUCUCUGGAACUCCCACACAUCUUAUCGUGCAUCACACUGUGACGCCAUCUUGUUCCGGGACAGAUUGUUAUCGGAGAUUGAAGCAGAUUCAAGCUGAUCAUAUUAAUAAGAAAUACGGGGAUAUCGGAUAUAAUUUUUUGAUUAGUCAAGAUGGUACCAUUUACCAAGGACAAGGUUUUGGACGUAAAGCUGCCCAUGCAGGAAGAGCAAAUGGCUAUAGUAUUGGUGUGAGUUUCAUUGGGAAUUUUGAAACAUCAUCUCCAAGUCAGGCGUCGCUAAAUUCCCUCACAAACUUGAUUUCCUACGCGGUACAAGAAGGCAAAUUAAGCUCCAACUAUAAACUGGUCGGACAUAGAAGCGUGAAAGCUACAAGUUGUCCAGGCAGGAAUCUAUACAGCGAAAUCAGCAAGAUGAAGAAUUUUUCAAGUACCCUUUGAGUGUUUAAAUUACGCCAAUAAAAAGUUAUCAAAAGAA